AUGGAAUCAAAUGGAACGCGCAAAGGGCCGCUGCCUGGAGAUCGCCAGGGCGCGUCUGGAGCUGGCGCUAUACGCGCCAGCAUGCGAACCGCCAGCCGAGCGCGAGGUGCUGCACGACCACCCAGCAGCUCCUCGCAUCCAUCAUCCCCACCAGCUGGCUUGGUGUCGGCAGGGUCUUCGCGGGCUCAGCAAUCGGCACCCGCCACUGGUGGAGUACGCCGCAUGCGUUGGACAACCCAGAUGAACAGCAACGCAUUGCGGGCGUAUUUUAGGGCGAAAGGGGGAGAAACUGGAGGUUUUGCGUAUCGGGCAAGGAUGCAUCGACUUUUUGCUGAGCUGGAGCCAUCUGUAACCGUCACCGAGCAAAACCUGGCAGACCGAGUUCGGUAUAUCUUGCGCUCAAAUACAUUUGAUGUCACCGAACUCGAACGGCUACGACGUGAGGCUGUUCCUUCAUCGGGUGAAAAUGCUGCGGCUGAGGAUGCGGCGCCACAACUUGCUGAGCAAACGGCAAAUGUGGAUGCCGCCGUGAAUACGCCAGUUGUGGUUGAUUCAAACGAUGAUGGAACAGUCGCCCAGGAACUGGAACUAGAGCAAAUGAGGAGUACAUUGGAAGAGGCGAUUGUGGAAACGCGCAGUACGACUCUCGAAAAUCGACCGGGACUUCCCCGCUUAGCCCUAAGCAAGCGGAAUCGGGCUGUCGUGAGGGCUCUGAACCCAAUGCUGGUUACCUAUUUGGAAGCCAGCCGGGACCUUUGCGAUACGGACUCAAUUCUUUUUGGCGCCGCACUGGCAGUCUGCCGUAUUAUAGGUGCCAAACUUUCCACGGCUGGACUCGCUACUGGACAAAGUAGUGCUAUCCCAGCCUGGAGAAUAAGAAUUGAAGAACGUAUCGCAAAGGCUAGGGCCCUCAUCGGCAGACUGAUAUGCUUCAGGUCAGGCAAUACCAGGCCAAGGAUUGUGCGCACCGUCAGGAUGGCGUUUGCUGGGACAAAUGUUAGUUUGUCCCAGCCGGAUAUAAUGCAAAAACUGACGGAGCGCAUAGACGACCUGAAGCAAAGAAUAGCUGCUUGGGGAAAGCGGAUUCGGCGAUAUACCGAGAGGUCGACACGGUUCAACCAGAAUCGUCUUUUCCAGAGUGAUCAGAAGAGGCUCUAUAAAUCAUUGGAGCGACCAAUAGUAAGUGGAACGGGCCCUGCACCAAAUCAGGCCGACAUGGUCGCAUUCUGGCGCAGCCUGUGGUCAGAGCCCGUAAACCACAACGAGGGCCCUUGGACGGAAGUUGUGGCGAGUCAGUGUGCGAGUAUUACGCCCAUGGACCCCGUCAUCAUAACGCCGGAUGACGUAGCUGAGGCGGUCCGUAGGGCCCCGAACUGGAAAAGUCCGGGGCUUGACGGGCUGCAUCACUACUGGCUGAAGGGGUUCAUGUGUCCAGUUUUCUGA